ACUACAGUUUAGUGUCCUGUGAACCGGCCGGUGAGCCAAGCGUAUUAAAACUUUUGUAACAAAUUUUACCGUUGGAUAUAUCUUAUAAAUCUAUAUCACGAGGAUUUCGUAUUACCUAUGUAACAGCUAAGAAUAAGAAGAUUCAAAAUGCCAUCAAGAAAUACUGUGACGGAAGAAGAGCGGCAUAUCGACGACAACUCCGCCGAUGAGAGUGACGGAAACGCUGGAUUCCUGAGAGCUGCUCGGGAUGGAAACCUGAACGAAGUAUUAGAAUAUUUAAGAGGAUCCACAGACAUAAACACCAGCAACCCGAAUGGACUUAACGCACUUCAUCUUGCCUCUAAGGAGGGGCACAUCAAGAUUGUCACAGAAUUACUUGGAAGAGGAGCAAAUGUUGAGGCCGCCACAAAGAAAGGAAACACAAGUUUGCACAUAGCUGCUCUGGCAGGACAUGAAGAAAUCGUAAAUACACUGGUAGAGAACAAUGCCAGAGUUAACGUGCAAGCUCAGGCCGGAUUCACACCGUUAUACAUGGCGGCACAAGAAGGACAUUCCGAAGUAGUCAGGUUUCUAUUGGCUAAUGGGGCUAGCCAAAGCCUGGCCACUGAGGAUGGAUUCACUCCUCUAGCUGUGGCAUUACAACAAGGACAUGAGAAGGUUGUAAGUGUUUUACUCGAACAUGACACAAAAGGCAAAGUACGUCUGCCAGCAUUACAUAUUGCUGCUAAAAAAGAUGACGUCAAAUCAGCCGCCUUACUCUUACAAAAUGAACAAAACAAUGUGGACACUCAAACAAAGAAUGGAGGGCUAGUUAAUGAUACAACCAAGAGUGGAUUUACUCCAUUACAUAUUGCCUCUCACUAUGGCAACACGAACGUAGCUAAUUUGUUAAUACAAAGAGGUGCAGAUGUAAAUUUCAAAGCUAAGAACAAUAUUACACCACUACAUGUAGGAUCAAGAUGGGGAAAGGCAAAUAUGGUAACUUUACUGCUGGACAAUAAAGCUGAUAUAUCAGAAAAAACUAGAGAUGGCUUGACACCUUUACAUUGUGCAGCAAGAAGCGGACAUGAAGGUGUAGUUGAUUUAUUAUUGGAACGAUACGCACCACAUUCAUCAAAAACAAAGAAUGGAUUAACACCGUUACAUAUGGCUGCCCAAGGAGAUCAUGUUGAUUGUGCACGACUUCUUCUCUACCAUAAAGCACAGGUUGAUGACGUCACAGUGGAUUAUUUAACACCAUUACAUGUUGCUGCCCACUGUGGAAAUGUUAAAACAGCAAAAUUACUAUUAGACAGAAAGUGUGAACCCAAUUCAAGAGCUUUGAACGGAUUCACACCACUACACAUUGCUUGUAAGAAGAACAGAAUAAAGGUCGUAGAACUUUUAUUGAAAUAUGGAGCGAGUAUUGAAGCUACAACAGAGUCGGGUUUGACUCCUCUCCACGUUGCAUCAUUCAUGGGUCAUAUGAACAUCGUGAUUUAUCUGAUUCAACAAAAUGCGAACCCAGAUUUCCCAACAGUACGAGGAGAAACAUCUCUACAUCUUGCUGCGAGAGCUAAUCAAACAGAUAUUAUUCGAAUCCUGUUACGCAAUGGAGCUACAGUAGAUGCUAGAGCUAGAGAACAACAAACUCCAUUACACAUUGCUUCUCGUCUGGGUAAUGUUGAUAACGUGGUGUUGUUACUUCAACAUGGCGCUUCACCUGAUGCUACAACUAAAGAUCUGUAUACACCGUUACAUAUUGCUGCUAAAGAAGGACAUGAUGAAUGUGCACAAGUUUUAUUAGAACAAGGAGCUGAUCACAGUUUGACAACAAAGAAGGGCUUCACUCCUCUUCACAUAGCGUCUAAAUAUGGUAACAUCAAAGUUGCUCGUCUGCUACUACAGAAAGAUGCUAAUCCAGAUGUACAAGGAAAGAAUGGUCUUACUCCGUUACAUGUAGCCACACAUUAUAAUCAUGUGAAUGUAGCACAACUUCUGUUAGAGAACAAAGCCAGCCCUCAUUCAGCUGCCAAGAAUGGGUACACCCCUCUUCACAUAGCGGCAAAGAAAAACCAGAUGGAUAUUGCUACCACUCUGCUGGAAUAUGGUGCCAAGCCCAAUGCUGAAUCUAAGAAUGGAUUUACACCCCUUCAUCUGGCUGCACAAGAAGGUCAUACAGACAUGGUUUCGCUUCUUCUUGAACAGAAAGCUAAUGUUAACGCCAAGGCCAAUAAUGGUCUUACUCCAAUGCAUCUGGCUGCACAAGAGGAUAAAGUACCUGUGGCUGAAGUUCUCGUUAAAUAUGGAUCAGAGAUUGAUCCCAGCACAAAGGCUGGAUAUACACCACUUCAUACAGCCUGUCAUUUCGGACAAACCAACAUGGCCCGAUUCUUGCUUGAACAUUCUGCUUCAGUCAAUGCUACUACUAAGGUUGGCUAUACACCACUACAUCAAGCUGCACAACAAGGUCAUGUGAUGGUUGUUAAUUUGUUAAUAAAGAAUGGUGCAUCACCAAAUGCUGUCACUAACAACGGACAGACACCAUUGGCCAUUGGUGAGAAAUUGGGAUAUCUUUCUAUUGUUGACACACUGAAAGGAAUUACAGAUGUCACAGAUGUCAUGCCAAUGUCAGAAGAGAAAUACAAAGUUGUCUCCCCUGAAACCAUGCAGGAGACUCUUAUUUCCGAUUCAGAGGAUGAAGGAGGAGACGAUUUCAUGCCUCAGUCACCCAUAUUUGGAAAGCCUCUUUCUGAGCAACACAUCUACUUGCCUUAUUAUGAGGGACAAAAAAUGCAGACUCGUGAUGAUAGUUUAUCGUUUGAUCGAGGUGGCAGCACCUCUCCAUUGGACAACUCAUUUGAGAAGGAUGUGAAUUAUCGUUAUAAUACAUCGGAGGAUGCUAGACGACGUGUAACCAGCGAGAUUGGAGCCACCAUGCGUUACCCAUCAUACCUUGAGAAAGCUCCAGAUUAUGAAGCAGAAAUGAAAUAUUACCACGGUGACACUCUCUCUCCUAAGGAUAAGGACCCCAACAAGUCACGCAAUGACAGUGUCUUUGGUGACUACUCGACACUUGGUCGAGAUUCCAUUAAUCAAGAAUUAACACUACCGUCUGUUGAUGAUACCACCAGCGAACUAGAAUAUGAUGACGAGCUGAAAUAUAUGGCUGGGGGCGAAACUGCCAUGAGAAAGAAACCAGACAUGUUGUUCAGUGAAGAUUUAUAUGACCGAAAAUCUGUCCGAUACGGAAAGGAUCAAGCUUCACCGUCAUAUAACGAUUCCGUAUUCCCUAACGACUUGUCAAUGAAUGUUCCUAAAUACGCUCCAAUCUACCAGGGACAAUAUUCUAAUACCCCAAGUGUCGAUCUUAAUGACAGUUUCAGAAAUCAACCAGAUGAUUCCAUAUCAAAGGAUUACAUGGAAGCCCAAAUAACUAGCCAAACUUAUGCUAGUCAACUACCAGACAAACGCUUCCUAACAAGUACACAACGUGCGGAAAAUGCAAGAUUCAGCUCCUACAGUGGUUCGUCCUUCAGCACCACUUUCGACCCUGAUAACGUACCAGUAGAUCGGGCGCCAGUUUAUACUGGCAAACUGAAAUGGAAAAGUUUCCUCAUCAGUUUCAUGGUGGAUGCAAGAGGUGGGGCAAUGAGAGGAUGUCGCCACUCUGGGAUCCGAGUUAUCAUCCCUCCACGCAAGGCCUCCAUGCCCACCCGUGUGACAUGCCGACUGGUAAAGAAAGAACGACUAUCGCAUCCCCCACCCCUGAUUGAAGGAGAAGGACUUGCAGCCAGGGUUAUUGAGAUGGGGCCUGUUGGAACCAAAUUCCUAGGGCCUAUAAUUAUAGAGGUCCCCCAUUUUGCCUCUCUCCGUGGAAAAGAGAGAGAGGUUCAAAUUAUUCGUAGUGAUGACGGUGAAACAUGGUAUGAACAUCCAAUGAUCGCAACAGAAGAAGCCGUCAAUGAUGCUCUAGGGGGAAGCCUCGAAGAAUUAGAUCAAGAGGACGAUCUGGCGACUAAGAGAAUAACACGCAUUCUGACCACAGAUUUCCCACAAUACUUUGCCCUGGUUUCUAGAAUUCGUCAAGAAACCCAGAAUAUCGGAGAGGAAGGAAACUUGAUCAGUUCUACAGUUGUUCCUCAAGUACAAGCUGUCUUCCCAGAGGGCGCUCUCACAAAGAAAAUCAGAGUAGGUCUACAGGCACAACCGAUAGCACCAGAACUUGUUGCUAAACUCCUUGGUAAUCGUGUGGCUGUGAGUCCAAUCGUAACCGUGGAACCAAGACGCAGAAAGUUUCAUAAACCUAUAACUCUGACCAUACCAGUUCCUGUAGCUUCGCAGAAAGGAAUGAUCAAUCAAUAUGGUGGAGAGCGACCAACUCUGCGUCUACUGUAUAGCAUAUCGGGUAACAACUCUCACAGCCGAGGUGAGAAGGAUCCAGCCAUAUGGGAAGAUAUAACUGAAAACAAACCUAUGAGCCUGGUCAAUGACUGUGUAUCAUUUACUACAACUGUAUCAGCACGAUUUUGGUUAAUUGACUGUCAGAAUAUAAAUGAAGCCACCCAGAUGGCAACCGCAUUAUACCGCGAGGCCAUCACUGUGCCAUAUAUGGCUAAAUUUGUAGUUUUUGCCAAGAGAACGGCAGCAGAAGAAGGCAGAUUAAGAAUGUUCUGUAUGACAGAUGAUAAGAUUGAUAAAACAUUAGAAAAACAGGAAAGAUUCUCCGAAGUGGCCAGAAGUAGAGACAUAGAGGUGCUUGAAGGACGACCACAAUAUAUUGAAAUGGCCGGAAAUCUUAUUCCUGUUACAAAAUCGGGUGACCAACUGCAUGUUAAUUUUAAAGCUUUUCGAGAAAAUCGUUUGCCGUGUACAGUAAAGAUACGCGACCUUGACCAGGAACCAUCAGCUAGAGUAGCCUUUAUGAAAGAACGUAAAGUCGGGCGGGGAGAAGCGCCACAAAUGCCAAUAUGCAACCUUAAUAUUAACUUGGGAGAUACAAUUAAGUCUGAUUCUAUGGAACUAAACACAGCAGCAGCAUUAGAAGCCAACGAGAAAAGAACAGAAUUAUUAAGAGUUGGGAAAGGCAUUAUUGUAAAAGACACAAUAAGACGAAGUCAGAUGCGAUUAAAUGAUAUUGCUGAUCAUGUUCGAGGCGACUGGGUAGUCUUAGCACAGCAAUUAGGUAUUCGUAUGACAGAUGUGAAUUCUAUUAAAAAUGAUUACAAUAAUGUCAACGAUCAAGCUCUUGCCAUGUUACAGCUGUGGGUUCAGAGAGAAGGGAAUAGAGCAACAGGUAAUGAAUUAGAGAGUGCCUUACGUUCAAUAAAUCGUGAGGAUGUAAUUAAGAGUUGUAUGUAUGAUAUAGAAACAGUAGAUGAUGAAGUAGAAGCAGCUGCUGCCCGGGUAGCAAUGGACCAAUCCGGUUUCGAUACUUUUAAAGAAGAGAUUGGUAUUUCGAAAGACUCCUUUAAACGUGGUAUGUCCUUAGAUGUCCAAUAUGACGAACAAGAUAUGAUCAAGAGACUCGAGGAUAUUAAGGAAUCUGAAUCAGCUGCUGAAGAAUCUAGUCCCGGUAGUGAACGGGGUUCUAUAGUGGAUAAUAGUGAUAAAGCCGCUCCACAAGCAGUAGCAGAAGAAGCUACUGGAUCUCGACCUACAUCGAUAGCAGAAGACCUCACAGUAUUCGUAGAUCAAAGACGUCCUGUUGCUAAGGUAACAACUCCAGAAGAAAGACAAAUUAUAUCACAAAAGAAGAAGGAGGCUUAUGUUGACCUGCUCAGUGAACUCGAUAAAUAUGCAGAUGAAAAAGAACGAAUGCAAGCAGCGCAGAAAGUAGAGCAAGGAAUCGAUGACCGUAUAUCUAUCACAGAAGAAAAAAUUACCCACGCUUCCAGAGAUCAGGUGGAUAUGUUUAGCAGACUAGAUCAGCCUUCUUCCCAAACAGUGCCCUCAGCAUAUGACAGAACAUCACAAGAAGGAGAAGGUGAUGAUGAAGUAGUUAAAACUCCUCCCCCUAGUCCAACGGAAAAAACAGCAACAGAGGAUUAUUAUGAUGAGGAACAGACGACGGAAUCAACAGAAAUUGAGGAAAUUUAUCAGGUGUCAGACGAUGGUGAAACGUGGAAAACUAUUCGUAAAGUUACCACCAUUACCCCGUCUGGCACAACAGAAAGAGUUACUGUUCUCAAAGAAGAAAAGAUGCCUCGAGGUGCUAAUAUGGCUGAAGCAGCGGCGCGUCUGGCAGCUGUUGGUAGUCAUGGCGAUGGAGGACAAGAGACGGACUAUAUGAGGGAGACUGAAAGAGCAAGUAAUUAUGGGCAGGGAUAUGACCAAAUAGUCACUGUAGAGGAAACUGAACAGGUUCAAACCACAUCAUCCAGUGAUAUCGGAGGUGCCAAAUUAUCUUACAGACAGGAUGUCCUCGAACAAAUGACCAGUCCUACAUCUGAUGGCUCUUACCCAGAAGAACCAUCAUCAGUCCCAGAACCAACUAUGCCUGCUGACUUUAAAGUACAUGGGGAAUUUGAAUCUCCUUCUAGUGAAGGUCGUGGCUAUGAUGAGUUUACUAGUAGACUAGAUGAUGGACGAGAUGGUUUUGAUCAGUACAAAGGCACCGAUAUUGAUGAUCAUCAAUAUAGAGACAUUUCUUAUGGGGAUAGAAGUACAGAAUAUAGGGACAGGAGUGUGGAAUAUAAAGACUCAUAUAUUGAACGUGGGGACAGUAGACCUACUGAUUAUAGAGAUUCAGAUGUAGACUAUAGGAACACAAACAGACCAUCUGAUUAUGGGUACGAUAGUGGGACAGUUCAAUAUGGGGAUACUAGCAUUGACAAUAGGGACUCCAAUAUUGACUAUGAGGAUAGAAGUAGGACAUCGGACUUCAGAGAUGAUGAUAAGACUUAUAUUAACGAAAGAACUACUACUGUUAAUACUGAAUAUAGAGAUUCAGAUGUUGACUACAGGGAUUCCAAUGUUGACGAUGACAAAAGUAGGACUGACUUUGAAGAGAAAACCAUCACAACUACUACUACAGAAUACAGAGAUUCGAACAUUGACUUUGGGGACGAAAGUAGGUCUACAGACUUUGAACAAAGAACUACUAUUGAAACAGGAGACUCAAGAACUGACUUUGAGGACAGAAGUAGGACUACUGAAUAUAGGGAUUCCAAUAUCGACGAUGACAGGUAUCAGACUGAACAAAGUAAAUAUGGUUCAUCUAUGGGUUAUCAAGGCACUGAUAUUGAUCAAACCAUUUCUGACACAUCUGUUGACAGUAGCAGGGUCACGACACAGUACGAUCAGUAUAGUCAGCAGGGACAACGUUAUCAGAAGGAUGUAGAUGGUCAGUAUAGGCAAGGCGAUACAGAUAUCGACCAAACAAGCCAACGUUAUGAACAGUCAACGGAUACUACAACGUAUGAUAGGAUGCCUCAAUAUGGUGGAGUGAAAACUGAUGAUAACGAUGAAGGGUUACGUUAUGGAUCCACGGAAGAAGGUGAUGAAGAAGUUACAGAAGAAGUAAUUGAAAUACCAGGAACCAAUAUAACUGAUGUUAAAGAUGUUGAGGAAUCGGAAAAGGUUCUACCUGAUGGCACAGUGCACAAAAAACAACUGGUCAGGAGACAUUCAAUUCAAAAUGUCACAAGGAGCGUCACAUCAGAUGGUGGAGAUGAAGAACUGAUUGAAGAAACAGUGAAAAUACCUGGUACUGAAAGAACUGAUAUUAUAGAAACGUAUGAGAUGCCUGCAGAGAUGGUUUCUGAACGGGAUCAAAUAGAAGAAGUCUUGCCUUCUGGCAAUGUUGUUAGAAAAGGUAUUAUUGUAAAUAAACUUGUACAUAAAUUAAAGACCCACCAUGUUUCAUUCGAUAGUGAGCAGGGACGGACGGAGGAAGAAUACGAGGUUGAAGAAAUUAUUCCAGGAACAGUUUCAACUUUCUUAGAUGAUUCUUCGUCGGAAUCAUCCUAUGAUGAUGAGGAUGAAGAUGAUGAGGAUGAAUAUGACGUGGAUGAAGAUAGGAUUGAAGUGUCUGAUAAAGAGGAAAUUCUUGACGAUGGUACUGUACAUCAUGUUCACAAAAUCAGUCAUCAUACAAGCAAACACACUCCAGCUCCUGGUGUUGAAGAUGACUUGAGGUCCAUAGAAAGAAUAGAAACCUUUGACCAGCCACCACACCCAGAGAAAACCAUUGUCGAGCAAACCAAACAACAAAUAGCAAUGAAUAGACAAGUACAUAAGCUGAAAACUCACCACGACUCAUUUGAUAAAGAAUCUGGCAAGGAAGAAUCUGAAGAUUAUGAAAUAGAAGAAGUAAUUCCAGGCACAGUGUCAGCCUUCAUUACUGGCGAAGACUCAGAAUCCUCAGAAGAUGAAUUUUUAGAUGAAAUUACAGCAGAUGUUGGUGAAGUCAAAGAAGUGAAGGACGAUGGAUCUGUUGUCACUAGUAGGUUAUUGGCAAGUGAAGAAAAGAGAACUGUAAGGUCACGAUCAGGGUCUAUCGAUGAAUCAACUCAUUCUGAGAUAGUUACAGAAUCCCUUGAACCUCAUGCUGGUGAUUAUUCUAAACAAACUGUCCGUACAUCUGUUAAAUCAACUCAUAUUGAAGAAAGUUUGUCCUCUGUGGACCAUCACUCAACAGAAAGUCAUGGUUCGGAGAUAACAGAGCCAGGUAAAACAAGCGAUGUUCCACAAGAGCAACCAGGAAACUAUAAACAGGAUACCCCAGAAACUGCUGAUAUUGAACAAGAAUUAAUAAUACAAAAAGAAACAACUAGCAUAGAACAUGCACCACAAAAUAUUCCCAUGACAAGCGAACAAACUUAUUCGUCAGUACAUGGUGAUUUUUCAGAUAAUAUUCUUUCACGUCAAACAUAUACACAAAAAAUUACCGAAGAGCAUGUGACAGAAACACAAUCUGUAUCAUAUCAAAGUCAAAACUAUCAAUACUCCCAAUCUCAAAGUCUGUCUGAGGGAUUUACUUCUUCCAUUCCAAGUCAGAAGCAUGGUGAUAUCGAAAUUGAGCUUCAACUGGACGAAUCUCCCACUGAUGAAACAUUCCAACCCUCUGAUUUCCUGGUCACUGAAACUAAAAAGGUAACUAAAGUUUAUGAUGACAUUGUCGAAACCACCGACUCUGCACCAGAAAUUAUGGAAUCUAAAAUAACCACUGAAAUCUGUGAUACCGUUGAUCAACCUUUAGAAGGGGAUUUAGUAAAUACAGGGAAACAGACCGGAACCACCUCUACCAUGGCUGAUGAUAUUUCUGAUUCUAGGGACCAAGCCUAUAUUGGUGAUUUUGACCAAGCAGCAGGUAGUGAUGAUGAAUGGGAAAUCAUGAGCCGUGGUGAACUUGAUGAAAAUGAGCUGCUGGCAGCUCAAGAUGAGAAUUUAAUGAUGGUAGUUAAAGAAGAAGAAAUGUAUGAAGAAAAACAGGAAAAGGAAUUUUUGGAUGAACCUAUAAAAGAAGAUGAACUAAUUGAAGAUAAAGAAAAGACUGGCAUGGAAAUGGUUCCUCAAGUAGAAGAUUUGGAUGAAGCAGAAGGAUCUGGAGAAAAAGAAAUUAAAGAAUUUGAAGAAUCUGAAGAACAAAUAAGAGAAGAAUCAAAAGUCACAGAACAAAUAAUUUAUAAAGCUGAAGAGAUGGAAGAAUAUGAAGAUACUGUUUCUUCACAAAGUGAGGAGCAAUAUGAAGAAGCAAGAGAGGAAGAAGAAUGCAUCCAACAAAAAGACCAAGAUGUUACUGAACAAACUGAAAUAACCAUCGAUCAUGUAUACCAAGAUGAUGUAUCAUUCCAAAAGAACGUACUAGUACAGGAAGACUACAUAUCAGAGGAUGAAGGUAUUAAGGAACCAGAAAGUUAUCCAGUGAAGCAAGAAUAUGAAGAUAAGACAGAAGAUAACCGGAUUAUCAAAGAGUCAGAAAUUAGUACAGAGAGUGUGGAGGGACAUAAGGAAGUUUUCGGGGAACAGCAUGAAGUUAUUGAGACUAAAGAGGUAUAUGAACAAGAUAAAAUGGAAGAAGCGGUAGUAAUUCCUGCAAGUGAACAGCAUCUAGAAGAAAUUAAACAAGCGGAUGCUAUACAAACUCAAGAAAUACUAGAAGUACAAAGUACUGAAGACACAUUACAAGAAGAAUAUAUAAGGGAUGAUGAAGAAGAAGACACAGCAGUCCUUCGACAUAUGGAACUACCUGAAGAUGAAGAAGGUAGACAGGAAGAUUAUGCAGCUGUCUGUGACGAAACUGUGGAAUCAGAACCAGUUCCUGAAAUUGAACAGCAUCUAGAAGAACUUAAACAAGAGGAUGUUAUACAAAGUCAAAAAAUACUUGAAGUAGAAAGAUACCAAGACACAUCAAGGGAAGAAUAUAUAAGGGAUGAGGAAGAAGACAAAGCAGCCCAUGGUCAUAUGGAAUUACACGAAGAUGAAGAAUCUAGACCGGAAGAUUAUGCAACUGUCAGUGGUGAGACUGUGGAAUCAGAACCAGUUCCUGAAAUUGAACAGCAUCUAGAAGAACUUAAACAAGAGGAUGCUAUACAAAGUCAAGAAAUACUUCAAGUAGAAAGAUUCCAAGACAAAUCAAGGGAAGAAUAUAUAAGGGAUGGGGAAGAAGAAGACAAAGCAGCCCAUGAUCAUAUGGAAUUACACGAAGAUGAAGAAUCUAGACCGGAAGAUUAUGCAACUGUCAGUGGUGAGACUGUGGAAUCAGAACCAGUUCCUGAAAUUGAACAGCAUCUAGAAGAACUUAAACAAGAGGAUGCUAUACAAAGUCAAGAAAUACUUGAAGUAGAAAGAUUCCAAGACACAUCAAGGGAAGAAUAUAUAAGGGAUGAGGAAGAAGAAGAUAAAGCAGCCCAUGGUCAUACGGAAUUACCCGAAGAUGAAGAAUCUAGACCGGAGGAUUAUGCAACUGUCAUAGGUGAGACUGUGGAAUCAGAACCAGUUCCUGAAGUUGAACGGCAUCUAGAAGAACUUAAACAAGAGGAUGCUAUACAAAGUCAAGAAAUACUUGAAGUAGAAAGAUUCCAAGACACAUCAAGGGAAGGAUAUAUAAGGGACGAGGAAGAAGACGACAAAGCAGUCCAUGGUCAUAUGGAAUUACCCGAAGAUGAAGAAUCUAGACCGGAAGAUUAUGCAACCGUCAGGGGUGAGACUGUUGAAUCAGAACCAGUUUCUGAAAUUGAACAGCAUCUAGAAGAACUUAAACAAGAGGAUGCUAUACAAAGUCAAGAAAUAUUUGAAGUAGAAAGAUUCCAAGACACAUCAAGGGAAGAAUAUAUAAGGGACGAGGAAGAAGACGACAAAGCAGUCCAUGGUCAUAUGGAAUUACCCGAAGAUGAAGAAUCUAGACCGGAAGAUUAUGCAACUGUCAGUGGUGAGACUGUUGAAUCAGAACCAGUUCCUGAAAUUGAACAGCAUCUAGAAGAACUUAAACAAGAGGAUGCGAUACAAAGUCAAGAAAUACUUGAAGUAGAAAGAUUCCAAGACACAUCAAGGGAAGAAUAUAUAAGGGAUGAGGAAGAAGAAGACAAAGCAGCCCAUGUUCUUAUGGAAUUACCCGAAGAUGAAGAAUCUAGACCGGAAGAUUAUGCAACUGUCAGUGGUGAGACUGUGGAAUCAGAACCAGUUCCUGUAGUUGAACAGUAUCUAGAAGAACUUAAACAAGAGGAUGCUAUACAAACUCAAGAAAUACUUGAAGUACAAAGAUUCGAAGACACAUCAAAGGAAGAAUAUAUAAGGGACGAGGAAGAAGAAGACAAAGCAGUCCAUGGACGUAUGGAAUUACCCGAAGAUGAAGAAUCUAGACCGGAAGAUCAUGCAACUCUCAGUGGCGACAUUGUGGAAUCAGAAUUAGUUCCUGAAAUUGAACAGCAUCUAGAAGAACUUGAACAAGAGGAUGCUAUACAAACUCAAGAAAUACUUGAAGAAGAAAGAUUUCAAAACACAUCAAGGGAAGAAUAUAUAAGGGACGAAGAAGAAGAUGACAAAGCAGUCCUUGGACAUAUGGAAUUACCCGAAGAUGAAGAAUCUAGACAGGAAGAUUAUGCGACUGCCAGUGGCGAGACUGUAGAAUCGGAUCGAGUUCCUGAAAAUGAACAGCAUCUAGAACUUAAACAAGAGGACACUAUACAAACCCAAGGAGUAGUUGAAGUACAAAGAUUCGAAAAGACAUCGAGGGAAGAAUAUAUAAGAGACGAGGAAGAAGAAGACAAAGCAGUCCAUGGACAUAUGGAAUUACCCGAAGAUGAAGAAUCUAGACAGGAAGAUUAUGCAACUGUAAGUGGCGAGACCUUGGAAUCAGAACCAGUUCCUAAAAUUGAACAGCAUCUAGAAGAACUUAAACAAGACGAUGCUAUACAAAGUCAAGAAAUACUUGAAGUAGAAAGAUUCCAAGACACAUCAAGGGAAGAAUAUAUAAGGGAUGAGGAAGAAGACGAAAAAGCAGCCCAUGAUCAUAUGGAAGUACCGGAAGAUGAAGAAUCUAGACCGGAAGAUUAUGCAACUGUCAGUGGUGAGACUGUGGAGUCAGAACGAGUUCCUGAAGUUGAACAGCAUCUAGAAGAACUUAAACAAGAGGAUGCUAUACAAAGUCAAGAAAUACUUGAAGUAGAAAGAUUCCAAGACACAUCAAGGGAAGAAUAUAUAAGGGAUGAGGAAGAAGAAGACAAAGCAGCCCAUGGUCAUAUGGAAUUACCCGAAGAUGAGGAAUCUAGACCGGAAGAUUAUGCAACUGUCAGCGGUGAGACUGUGGAGUCAGAACGAGUUUCUGAAGUUGAACAGCAUCAAGAAGAACUUAAACAAGAGAAUGCUAUACAAACUCAAGAAAUGAUUUCAGACACACCAAGGGAAGAAUAUAUAAGAGAUGAGGAAGAAGACAAAGCAGUCCCUGAACAAAUGGAAUUACCUGAAGUUAAAGAUGAAGAGCCUAGACAAGAAAACUAUGCAACAGGUGGCGAAGAAACUGUGGAAUCUGAACAAGUGGAAUUUCAAACUAAAGAAACCUUUGGACGCCAGGAAACUUUUGAAUCACAAUAUAAAAAAGAGGUGUAUGAAACAUCACAAUUGCAAGAAGUUAAGGAUAGUCAAGAAGAAGAGCAGACUUUACGAGACGUACAAGAAAUCACAGCUUCAGAGAUGGAGGAAGAAAGCACAAUACAAAAAGUCCUUGAUAUGCAGUAUGAAGUAACAGAAGAAGAAUUUAUACAGCAGCAGGUUGUUACGGAAACUGAAGAUAUUUCCGAAUCUGAAGUCCAUGAAAAAUUCGAAGAACCUACCACGGAAUACGACGAAAAAGAUGAUGAACAUGAGAAAGAAGAACACGUACAUACUGAUAUCGACAUGACAGCCCAAAACAUAAAUCAAAGACAGGUAAUAGAGGAUCAUUCAGUGCAAAGUGUAGAGCAUCUCACAGAAGGAUACCAAGAGGAAGAGUUUAAUAAAAUCAAUGAACAGGAAUUGGUUCAUGAAAGUGAAGAUCUAUAUGACGAUGAAGAAGAUCAAGUGGAACAACAUCAGCAAGAAGAUGAUAUUAUUCAAAACCAAGAAAUACUUAAAGAAGAAAGGACCAAUGAAAUCGGAGCAAUUCAUCAAGCUGGCAUUGGAAUUGAUUCAGCUCAGGCUAGCGAUGUAUAUGAGAGAGACGAGAGAGAGGAAGUAAAAGAAGAAGAAGACUACUUCGAAUCAGGGGACAGACCAGAAGAAGAAGAAUUUCAACAAGAGUCAGUCGAUACAGACACCGCGGAGAAACGUACAUCCUCCCAGUUCAAAGAUGAAUAUUAUGAGUGUUAUAAAGAAGAGACAGCGACUGUAGAAGAUCCACAAGAUCAAUCUCAAGACGAAGAUAUAGAUGAAGAAUAUUAUUCCAAAUCUCAAGAAACUGAGGAGAGGUUAAAAGAACAAGAAGAAAUUGCCAAGGACGAAUGUAAACGAGAAGAAACCGAAAAACAGUAUGUAUCAGAGGAAGACUUGAAAGAUCAGUUAGAACUAGAUGAUACUCUUGACGAAACUGUAAUUGAAGAACUAGAACGUGAGCAAAAAUAUGAAUCCAAAGCACAAAUGGAAGAGUUAGGAAGUGACGAAGAACAGAAAUAUUAUAAAACACAGGAAAGAGUAUCCGACCAAGAGAAGCAACUAGAAUCUCAAGAUGUGUGUGAACCCGAAGUUAUGAAGACUGAUGUUGAAAAGAAAGAAGAAAUACAUGACCAAGUAGAAGAGCGUGACCAAGAUGAAGUUAAACAGUUUCAAGGAGACCAAAGCCAGUCUGAAGAACUAAAGGAUACGUUGCUACAUGAAGUGGAGGAUUCGGUUGUGCAAAGUGAAUUGGAAACAACCAUGAUAGAACCCAAUAUUGUAACCGGGUUUCAGGAAGUUUGUGAAAAAGAAGGUCUUAAAGAUGAAUUUUAUGAAGUAAUGAAACCUGAAGAGAAAGUGUUAGAUUAUAAAGAAGACGGUGACCAGUAUAAACCAGAAGAGACAGGACAGGUGAUUCAUGAUGAACAAAUUCUCCAUUCAGGUCAUUCUUAUUAUGAAGAAGAGAAAACAUAUGAACAAGAACUUUACAAAGAUGACAGUGCAAAAUAUGAUGCAUCACUAAACAUUGACGAACAGGAUUUUGAGCGAAAUGAAGAGACUUCUACACAUGAACAGUUUGAAGAUCAGGCUGAAGAUAUUGUUGAUUUGGAGAUGGAAAAAGAACAGAAAAUUAUAUCCCUAGUUGAAGACUCCACAGAAGAAAUCUUGGAAGUAUCAGAAAGUCUUGACACCCAUAAAAUAACUGAAAGACAAGAAUUUGUAAAUGAACAACUUUCAGAUGUGGAUGGUCAUGUUCAAGAAGAGAAAUUUGUACACGAAGCCGGCGAGGAUGUGGAUAAAGAUGAAUCUUCAGAUGAAUUACCAAUAUCAGUGAAUGAACCCAUACUUGUUAAAGAAACUAAAAUUCGUGAUGAUGAAAUAGAUUCCGAUUUUGGUCUAGAAUAUGAUUCAAAAGAUGUAGCAUAUGAAGCAGACGAAGAAUUAGAUGAAAAGAAAGAAUCUAGUUUUGAAGACCUGGAAAAAGAAGCAUUUAUAAUUGGUCAAUCUUCAGAUUUGGAUGGUCAAGCUCCAGUGAAAAAAGAGGAGAAAGAAUGGGAAUACAUACAGAAAGCAGACGAGGAAGUGUAUAAUGAUGAAUCGUCAGAUGAAAUACAAAUAGCGGUAGAUGAACCUAUGAUGGUUAAAGAAACUGUAGAGGAUGAAGAUGUAGAAUAUGAAGCUGACGUAGAAUUGGAAGAAAAGAAAGAGUCCAGUUUUGAAGAUCUUGAACAACAAACCCUACAAAAAAGUGAUGAACCAGUUGAUGUAUGCUCGGAAGCAGUCCUUGGUGCAGAAGAAUAUCAAUUAGAUCAUAAAUCUACUCUCGACGACUAUGAAUCUGAGGAUGAUUCAAUGCUUGAAAAGGCAGAAUUUGAAAAGAUUGAAGCUCAGUUCGAACGAGAGGAGCAAUUGGCCCAAUUCUCUAGCCAACAACCGGAACAAGAUAAAAUCUUUGGAUCGGAUGAACCUCAAGAUGAUAUAGUUGGUAACGACAUGGACGAUAACCAACUUUCAGAUUUAGAGGCUGAAGAGGCGGUAACUAGAAAAGAAGACUUUAUAGAAGCCCUAAAGCAAGAGAGUGAGUCUUAUGAAGAUUUCUCUGCAGAAGAACGUGUUCUCCAAGAGGACGAUCUUGGAAAAGACAGUGACGCAGACGUAGAAAAACAGGAAGACAUCAUGACUGAACAUUUUAAGAAAUUAGCAGAUGAUCAAGAAAGUCAGGAUUCUGAAUCUGAUAGUGGUAAGGAGGUUGAUGAAACAUUUCGUUUUUCGGAACAAAUACUUCGCAAUGAGAUUGAUGAGUCUGUUAAACAAGACGCUCCAAUUCUUACAACUGAUUUGGAUAGCGAUAUUUACCCUGAUUUGUAUAAUAAAGAACUGCAUUCAAAAAUUACCUCAGAUUUAGAUGAUGAUGAGACCAGUUUUGAAUCAAAAGAAUAUGUUGAAGAGGCCAAGGAACAAGACGAAAGCUUUGCUGAAAGAUAUCCACCGACAGAAUCCACAGAAGGCUUAUCUGAAUCUACUUACAAAAUUGAAGAGUCCUACAAGGAAGCCAAAUCCUCUGGGGUUGAUAUUUAUGAGAAAGAAGUGAGUAAGACGGAAUUGAUAUUAGAACAACAAUCCUAUAAUGUGCAAGUACACAGUGAAUCCAAAAUUGUUUCCGAAAUUGAAGAAAAACAUUUUAGUGAUCAGCAAGAAAAGGAGGAAUCUUACAAAGCGGAAUUCAAGGAUGAUGAACAAGUGGAGACCUAUAUUUCGUCGUAUCAAAAAUCUGGCCAAGCUCUAGAAGUGGAAGCGGACGAGGAUCUGGAAAUGUCUGACGGUUCUGUUGAAUCCGAAGAUAGUUACAGUGUCGAAAAAGAAAUCGAACAAAUGGGCGUAAUGACAGGCAAUUUUUUAAAAGAAGAAACAGAAAAGGAUGAAUAUAUAGAACGAGAAGGGAGCUCUGAGAGAGAGAUUCCUCUAAUAACAUUUUCUGAAAGCGAAAAAUCAAUGUCAGAAAGUAUUGAAGAAAAACGAAAAUCAGUCUCUGACAUUACGGAAGAAAAAACAGAAAUCACUAGCUCAAGUCAAGAUUUCACACAGGAACGAUCUGAAAUUAUUGAAGAAAAAAGAACAUCAGUCUCCGAUAUUACAGAAGAAAAAAGAGAAUUCACUAGUUCAAGUCAUGAUUUCACACAAGAACAAUCUGAAAUUAUUGAAGAAAAAAGAACAUCAGUCUCUGAUAUUACAGAUGAAAAAACAAAAUUCACUAGUUCAAGUCAUGAUUUCACACAAGAACGAUCUGAAAUUAUUGAAGAAAAAAGAACAUCAGUCUCUGAUAUUACAGAUGAAAAAACAGAAUUCACUAGUUCAAGUCAUGAUUUCACACAAGAACGAUCUGAAAGUAUAGAAGAAAAACAGGAAUAUGAAUAUACUUCUGAGCUAAAACAGUAUCACAGUGAAAUUGGUCUAAAAGAGGAAAUUGUGGUCCAAGAAACAAUAAAAGAAGUAACAUGCGUACCCGAAGAAAAGGAUGAACAAGCUGUUGAUGAAGAACCCAUACAGACUGAGUAUACACAACCGAUUAAAGAAUCAAUUGUUGAAACAGAAUAUGUUAUAGAAGAAAAAGAAGCUGUUGAAGAAUUAAUCAAACCAGAGCACAUAGAAUCCAUAAUAGAGUCAUCUGUUGAUAGAACUGAACAUUUUACUGUAGAGGAAAGACCAACUGAUAUAAAGCAUUCUGCCGAAGAGGAAGAAGUUUCCAGUAUUUCGGAAACUGAGGAAGUGGAAGAAAUGGGAACGUUUGUUGACAGAAAAGAAGAAUUUUUAGAAGAAGAUCUCGAAACAAUGGAUGCCAAUGAGUUCCGAAGAUUUGAAGGAGGAACGGUUGAAAAAGUAUCAAGUGAAGUAGUAUCACAAACCCAGUCUGUGCCAUACGAAGGAACACAGGGCUUAUCUGAAACUACUUCAGAGAGUCCAAUGAAUGGAUAUGGGGUAGAUCUUGAGGAUAGACAAGUAAGUGAGGGAGAUAUGAUUGAGGGUAGAAUUACAACAGACACAUCACAGCAAAUAUACAUUGAACAACACAUACACUCUAAAAUACACUCUGACAUAUAUUCUGAUGAAGAGAGUGAAAGCAGCUCAGAUGGCGAGGAUAGACCGCCAUCUCCAUCAGACUUCACACUCAUAGCGUCACAAGACACAGAGGCGUUAAGUAGACAUUUGACACUUAAUGACAAACCCACUACAUAUAGUGACUCAAAUAAUGAACUUUCACCGGCCAUGGACCAGGCUCUAAUAGCAAGCCAAGAUUCAGCUGAACUUGAUCGUGCACUGGCGGAUGAUGAAGAAUAUGAAUCCGAUCAAGAAUUAGAAGCAGAAGAACUUGAUCAGGAUCAGUUUCACCAAUCAAUGGUAGCAUCACAAGAUCCAGAAAUGCUUGCAAGGGCCCUUGGUGUAGGACAAACUGAAGAAAUACCAGAAGCUAUGAUGGCAUCCCACGAUGAAGAGGCCAUGUCCAGAGCUCUUGGCCAAGGCUAUUAUUCUGAUCAUGAUUCUGAUACAGACCAGCAUGAAAGAUAUGAACAACUAGAUGUUCCACCAUCACCUUCCGACUUUACACUAGUAGCAUCAGCUGAUCAAGAUGCCCUAAAUAGGUCGCUAGGCCUUACUGAUUCCGAAGAUGGGUAUCAGACAGCAGCUCGAGACUACACUACUACUGAACUACAAGAUAUCACAGAUGACAUACCAAGCCAAGGGGAUAUCAUACACAGGUUAGAUGGUGAUUAUGACCAGUCAAAGUCAAGUGAAGUAGCUUUGAUGCAAGGAUUGGAUUUAUCAGUAGACAAUACAAUGUCGGCUUUAAGCUCCGAUAAUGGAUAUCGCCAAGAAAUCAUCGACAACGGAGAAGAUGAGGAGAGAAUACCAUCAGAAGAUAUACCAAAACCAAUGCUAUCAAGUUAUGAACGACUGUAUGAAGGAGUUCCCAUUGAACCAGAGAGCCAACCAGAAAUUACAGCGGAAUCCCAAAUGGAUAUUGGUGACCGGUUCGUUUCAGGCCAACAAGAUCUUCACCUGCAAUCGCUUGGAAAGUCUUCUAGCUACGAACACCUGUAUGAUAAAGAUAUGAAGGAAGAUGAACAAAUAGUUCUUGCUGAGCAAAUUAAACCUGAAGAUAAAUCCACAUCGUCUAGUUCUGAAGUAGCACAACUUGAGGACGUUGCUGGAGAAGAAGAUGCUGAAAUUUGUGAAAUCCAGGAGGAAAAAACUGAGGAGACAGAUGUUGAGGACCAGUUUUCUCCCCUUUGCAAGACCUCUUCUGCUAAGCAUGGCUUGACACUUGAUUCUCAGAAAAGAUCCUUUGUAUUUUCUGAUACCUCUCCAGACUUACCGUUAGCCCAAUCUCAAAUUAGCUCUUCAGAAUUUACUUCUUUGACUGACACUAAAUUGCGCACUGAAUCAGAGACUUCCAAAGACGGAUUAGAAUGGACUGAACAACAUGAACAAUUACAAGACCAAGAAAACGUUUUUGAAUCCCAAGUUAGUGAAGUUAACUACGAUGUUCAUGAAGAGGUAUGCGAGCAACUGGAGGAAACAGAAGAGAGGACAUUUGUUGAUGACCGUUUUGUAGAGACCUCAGUAGAAUUUCAUACAGAACAGAUGGAUUCUUCCGCAAACGAGGAAAUGAUUGAUGUUAUCCCACCUGCUUCGGAAGAAAAGGCAAAGGAUGACUUGAUAAAAGACCCGUAUGUUGAAGCAGUGGCAGAAGAAGUAAGUUGCAUGGUAGAAACUGAACCCCUUUAUCCCGAAGAGAAAAUAGAAACCAUAGUACUACAACCAGUCAUCGAUGAACAUACAAUUCUUGAAAAAUAUGACAGUCAACUCGUAAUGACCGACGAACUGUCCGCUUUAGAAAUAUCUGAUAAUGCUGAACUAAAAUACAGCGAUGAUGUACAUCAGGAAAUAGUAGAAACCAUACAAGGCAUACCAGAUUUUACAACACCGCAGUCGAGGGAUGAAUUGUUAUUCACGGCAGAGCAACGCUUUGAGGUAGAGGAAGCAGCAGUAGAACAAGUAGGGGAAAUAGAAAUCAUAGAAAGGUUAGAUGUUAAACAUGAAGACAAAGGAGAUGCAUUGGCAACAUAUGAUGAAGGAACACAACAAGAAGAGGUGGAAGACCGCUCGGCAGUGACCUAUGAUAGCAUGGCCCUUACAGAAGAGAACAUUGUAAAGGAGGGUCCAACAUAUCGUCCAAUUCUCAUGAAACAAGACACAAAAGACAUUUCCCCAGAAGACUUGGAAGAAAAGCCGUUUGUUUUUGAUUUCCCAGAUGAAUAUGCAGAGGCAUUAAAGCCAGCAAAACAUGAAGAAAUAAAAACUGUCACUUCAGAAGAAGACUAUAACCAACCUAAAGACCAACAUCCAGUUACUUCGUUGGCCUAUAUUGAAGAAAAACUACCUGGAACAGUUGGUGAAAGUGAUUUUAUAGAAGCACCCAAUGUGCCAACAGCUUCAACUGAAGACAUAGAGGAUAAUGUGUCUGAUGUCGAAUCAGACGAGAAUUUGCAAAGGAGUUCAUCGGAAGAUAGUUCUGAUGAAGAUCAUAGAGUUUUUGAUGAUAACAGUGGAACAUACGUAAAAGUCCCAUGGGAAAUAGCGCACCAGUUUAAGCGACAAUAUUCUGAAUCCUUCACAGAACAAGAGAAAAAGUCACUCCAUUCUAACAAAUCAAUCGAUUUGGGGGCAUUUUAUAGACGGGAUAGGGAAGCCGACGACCAGAGUAGGUACCAAGUGAGUGGAGAACCAGAAAUAGCAGCCCAAGAUAGCAAAACUAUAUUUAAUGAGAAAAAUAAUCAAAAACAAGUAACAUUUCAAUUAUCUGAACCUAGGGAAGAACAAUCAACCACAGAAAUAUUCGACCUAACGAUUGAGCCAUUUGAACAGAUAAUAUCAGUUGAUGCGCUGGGUGCAAGUGAACCCCAUGAAGACAUACUUGAUACACACACCGAAACGGUCCUGAAUGCGAUAACUGAAAGUAGGCAGCACGUUAAACAAGAAAUAUCGAGUCAAGAAGAAUCGGUUUAUGAAUCUGCAUACUUCUCAUCAUCAAAGGAAAUGGACGGACUGCAAGAUGGUGCAAUAUCGGGACAAACUUACAGAGAUAUGCUUUAUGAGAAAAUGGAAGAUUCAGAUGCUGGCGAAGACCUGAUGUCAUCUUAUAUGACUGCCAAAUCAUCAUUAGACGGUUCACUUGUUCAAUCAUUUGAAGGAGCGUGUACAACUGAAACAUUCAGUCAUGAAGAAAGAGAAAAUAUCGUUAGCCGAGAAUCACGAAUUGCUCAUCAAGAAUUAUUACAAGAAAUGAGUGAUGAAAAGGACCGAUCCGUCUCACCUUCGGGAGAAAGUGAUGAACUCUUGACAAAGCUCGAAAGUCAUGCCGAAUUACAAGAAGAGGGUUCAGACGAACCAGAAGACACACUUUUGCGUUUUCCAAUGGCAGUGCAUACCUUAGGUAAAAGCUUGGCAGACAAUGAAAUAUAUGAAUCGUCGGAAACUGAACGCGAUUCAACAGAAGAGAAACUAUCGCCAAUUGAAGAAGCCCCGGUAUUGAUAGGUACAAUUGACGCCGUAGAGGAACACACCACGAAACAGUCAGAAAAAAAGGUAACUUUUCAGUCUGAUACCUUAUUUGCCAGACCCCAGGAAAUGCACAGUGACGAUAUAAAGACAUCAACAUCGUCCUCAGAAAUGUCCAUGGAACCAACUUUACUUGCUGCAUCCUAUGACUUAGAUACUGGAAGCGUCUCACAUGUCGUAGCAGCGUAUGACCUCUCACCAGACACAAUAGAAAAACAACUUGUACCUGAAGCUGCAGCCAAAGCUAUACUUUCCAGUCCUGAAGAUGAUGUGUUUGAAACCGAUGGAUUGGUAUCAAAUGAACAGCUUGGAGAAGUGGAACAUAGUGCCAGAGAUUCGUCCUCUGAUUUGUAUCCCACGACACCGUUCCCAACGCCUUUGGAAAGCUCCGCGGAAGGAACUGCAUGCGAUCUUGAGACAGCUAGUUCAAUGCUAGAACAAUUUCAGUUUGAAGAAAUGGAUGAUCAAGAUGAAGGAACUGUUACACUCACAGAAACUCCAGAUGACCAAGCCAAAUAUCCCGAGGAAGAGGAGCUGAGUUCUCCAUUUGAAAUGAUGUCUCCUUCAGAACUUGUUGACGACGAACAUAUACAAGACAUGGCAAUAUCGGCCGACUCGGUCACCAGUUUCACUGAAGUAAAUGCUGAAGACAUUGCCGAUUUAACGUCAAGCAAUGUUGACUUUCAUUUACAACAGCCGGAAAAGGAGUCUUUGUUAAAUGGGCCCACAGAAGUUGAGUAUAUGCCAGAGUACGAUGAAGAACCUACGGCUCCAGAAAUUCCUCAAGUAGUUCGAUCGGAUAGUGUAGAAGAAGAAAUGGAAGUGGAAGGGUUAGAAGAAAUGGAACAAAGGGAAGAAGUGGAGGUCGAGGCCAGAGAUGUAGAAGGUGAUCAUGAUGACGAACAGCCGUCCGAUCGAAAUGAUUUUGCUGUUCAAGGCAAUUUAAUUUUACAUGCUCCAGCGGGCGAAAAUUUGACAGCUUCAGAACAAACAUUAUUUGGAUUUGACAUGCCAACAGAUGAGACAGCUACGCGAUCGCCUGAAAUUGAAACUCAUCGUGUCGAAGUAGACCAAGACUCAGAUCUUACAUUACCGCCAACAGAAGGAACAUUCAAAACAGAUGAAACAGAAAGUUAUGAAAUUAGACAAUCCCACGACGAACUAGAACCGCCUAUGGCCGCUGUCGGUGGGGUGCAGGGAAUGACAACACCAGAAGAUAUUGCCGACGAACGAUAUGAAUUAAAGAGUGAGGAGGUUUACCAUGGGAAAAGAGCCCUUGAAAUGGAAAUAAAAGAGGAGUAUUUUUCUGAGAAGGAUGUAUUCGAAGGCCAUUUUAAAGAUGAUGAGUUUGAAGAAAAACCUGAAGAAGAACUAAUUGGCCUAGAUGAAAGCAAACCUGAAUCUGAAAUAGAUGAUGAAGAAAAAUUUGAAGAAAUUGAAGAUGACGGGAGUGUUAAAUCAGAUUCAUUGGAAGUAAGUAGCUUACUAGAAGAUGACAUAGAAAGGCCUGUAUCACCAACUCCUGACGCAAAAAGCCAAUUGGUUUUCUCAGAUAUAUCAGCAGCAAAUACACCUGAUGUUGCAAAAACACCAGAUAUAAUUGCUGAAACAGAGGGUUUGGAGAAGGCUGCGUCUGAUCUAGUUGAAAAUAUCUUAGAGGAAGUUAAAUAUAAAGUGCAAACAACAAGCAGACCAGAAUUUAGCGAAACGAUAGACGAAGGUACUGAAGAGAUCAAUGAUGUUGAAGAAGAAUCCCCUGAAAUUGAUGAAACUAUUGAAGUUGAUAAGUUUGAAAUGUUAGGGGGACAAAUAUUAUCAUCUUGCACUUCGCUUAAAAAGCAAGCUCUUCAGCCUCAGGUUUCGGAAGACAUUCCUGAAAUUACUGUAACUCAACAUAUGCAUGAAGAGUUAGACGAAGGAGAUUUUUCACAAAUGUACCCCUCAGAGUAUAAUGUUGUAGAAUGUGUUCCAGAAGAAGAUGAAGAUGAAGAAAUUGAACCAGAGCCUGAUGUAAUCCCAAAAGUUGGCAGAUUUGAUUCACCGGAUGGUCAAUAUACAGACGAAGAAGCUUACGAAACAAGUGACCUUCCGAUAUUACUAGAACCCGAUUUAAAACCUGAUGUCAUACCUUCAGAUGACGAUUCAUUCGAGUCCGAUGAAGAAGAAAAGUAUGCUUCUCCAGAAGACAAGGAUCAUUUUUUAGUGAAGGUUGACCCAGAGUCUGCCCCUGUAGCCAUUGAACAGUAUGAAAAAGAUACAGGGUCAGAUUCUGGGUCAGAUACCCCAGAAGAAGACAUUUUCCCUUUUGAAGCAGCUGGCUCUAUUGUAGCUGAAAUUGUAAGCCCAGAAGAUCAUGGAGAUUCAUCUAGUGUAGACAGCUUUGCUACUGUCGUUGCAGCACACAUGGAUGAAGACGAUGACGACUAUGAACAUGAACAAGAAGAUAGACUAGCUGAAAUUGCCUCUAUGACCUCUUCCAUACAUUCAGAUUUUCAACCUACUCAUACCAGUGACACCGAUCAGCAUACUGGUGAUGAGUCGGAGCAGAUUUUAGAAGAAACCCCUACUAAGUGGACCGAUGCCAAAGAAGAAAGAGAUGAAGUUGAAUCGCCAAUAGAUGACAGUCGGUAUGAAUUUGUAGAUAGAACAGCUUUAUCUGUGAUAACUGAAAUAUCAGACGAAGAAAGAUUUGAAUUAGUUGAUAAAUACGACUUGGAAUCUGAUAUAGGAUCAGACUUUCGACACUCUCCAGACAGAGUUUCGCAAUCACCCGGCGUAAGCAGCGGUCGAUUCUUUGGUAGAAGUGCAGAAAGGGAUGACAUUUCAGUAACUUCAUCACUGCUCGAGUUUGAACGCCUGGAAAGGGAAUUCUCCAGAUCUGGUUCCCUAAAUUCAAUAGAUGUAGUAGAUAGAGAUGUAAUGCCCGGAACAGGCAGUCUUCCCAGCUCAGUUGAUGAUAAAAAGUUUUACGGGCGUAUGGGUGAUAAAGAUGACAGAUCAGUAACUUCAUCUUUAGCAGAAUUUGAAAGAUUAGAAAAGCAAACUGCACAUUCUGGUUCAGGAAGCUCAGUUGACAAAGUUACUCCGGACAGUAAGAGUAGUGGGGGUGAUGGGUCAAUGUCAUCCUUAUCAGAAUUUGAAAGACUUGAACAGGACUGCCAAGCUGAAGCUGAAGACCGCCGAAGUUCUGUUGAGAGUUCAAGUCGCCGCAGCGAAGCUUCUUCGCUCGCUUCUUUGGUAGAAUUUGAAACCAUCGAAAGCGAAAUUGUUGCAUCAGAUGAAUUAGAAGCAGAAGCUAGGAAGAUCGUCGACAUUUUAGAGAGUGGCGCACUCUUUGAUUCACAAAUUUUUAAAAGUGAUAUAACAUCAGGCGAUGAAGCUGUACAUACAAAACGACGUGAUUUAGACAAAGAUUCUCUUGAUGGUCGAGAUAGCAUUGAACGAGAUUCAUUAAGUGAUGGAGAGCAUGCCCACUUAGGUGAUGGAGAUUCUUUGGAUGGAGAUACAUCCGAAAUGACAGAUAUGACCUCGAGUGUAAUAUUUGCUGGUCCUGGCCCAAAUGGUACGCGAACACAAGAAAUGGAUAAUGAUUCACUUCAAGGAGACAUUGGAAUAAUGCACGUAUCAACCGACUCGUUAACUUUGGAACAACGUUCUGAACAAUCCCGACAGGAAUCUGGUCCAUUUGAUGUAGACUCUUUGCAUGAAACUGAUGGCAUGAUGGAACGAUCAGCAGAUUCACUGUAUGGCGUUGUUAUGCAAACAUCAGCAGACAGUCUUGAAUUUAAUACCAUGCAAAGAUCGAUAGACUCUUUGCAAGACAACACCAACAAUGUGGAGAAAAAUGCUUCAUCAAAUCAGGCAGAAUUCCGGGGAUCAAUGGACUCACUUCAAGAAGUGAUGGAGCGAUCAGCCGAUUCUUUGGAGUUCCCUUCAGCAAAGCCCGAAACAACAGAUAAAGAUGACCAAAUGAAAACCUCAACAGAUUCAAUAGAAAUUCAGCAAGAACACAGAAGUAUUAUGCUUAUGUCAGUAGAAUCCGCAGCAUGGUCUAGUGUUGGUAGUUCUGAUGGCAUGGUUAAAUCAGGGUCUCAUAGCGAUUCUAGUCUCAUGCAAGUAUCAAAUGAAUCAGACGGAUUUAAGGAUAAGGGGGCCAAAUCGGAAGCAUUCCAAGAAACAAUUUAUGAGGAACAAGUAACUGAAACCCACACUCAAAAAAAGACAACCCGCUCAAAAGUUAAACGCUGUGAUAGUGAUGAAGCCAAUACCACAGAAAAGGCUAAGGAAGAAAGAUUUAAAUUUGGAUUAUCCGAAGAGGAACCACAAAAAUCAUAUAGAUCCAGUAUCCCUUACGAGGAAACAAAGAAAGUAUACACAAUGGUAGAAUGGGAAGAAAUGAAAAGGGCUAAAAAGGAAGCGUUGGACAAUGCCAAUUUAGUGUCAAAACAAGAAUAUUCCUCGUCCACGACUAUAACCUCCUCCUAUCCCACCCCUGACCCACUUGAUCAUAGUGUAGGCCAUGCCAAAGCUGACACACUUAAAACUAGAGCUGCUGAAGGGGAGGAUGUAUAUGAACAGGAGUAUGAUUCAGAUUCAGCUCAAGAGGGUUAUGCUAUGGGCGCUGAAGGUGACGGAGACAAAAGUACCAGGCUCCUAAUGAAGAAAGAAAUCCACAGCAGAACUGUUAUCGGUAGAGAUGGACAGGAAGAAACAUUUAUUCUCGAAGAUUCCCAAAUUCAACAAGACCAUAACCCACCCGAAGAACUUAAAGACAGCAUGCAGCAGAUUAUCAGUCAAUUUAUGGGUACACAGCCCCAAGUGGAAGAAAUUGAAGAACCCGCCUAUUUGGAAGAUGAUGUUUAAAUUAUGAGAACGUUGAUAUCUAGUAUAAUAUCGUGUGCUGAUGUGGCGUAUAUUUGGCGCUUGAUAUUUUUUAAAACUGUGUAUACUUGCCAUAUUUUUGAAAAGUUAUUUUGACAAGACUGGUGCAUUUCUUUUCUCCCAGUAUCCGCAUUUUUACCAGAUCUGAAAUUGUGUGUUUGCAGACUUAUUUUCGAUUUUGCCGACUUAUUACGGUUUCGCAAAUGAUUGUAGAACACUACUAGUUUAGUUGAAGAUAAAUAAUAAAUUAUCAAUAAUAUUAGUUUUACAUCCAAUGCUUUGAUUUUUCAAUACAAAUCUUCCAUAUUUAUCACUGUAAUGCGUGUUCUAAGUGACUUGUAUUUGCACAAGUGGUGCAAUUUUGAUUAUUUCAUUUAAGCAUUUUCCACCUUAAUGCAUUCGAUCUUGUUUCAUUGAUAUAUUAAUGUUAAAGAUGUUGAAUUCCUAUAUAUGUGAAUUAUGGAGAUUAAAUAUAAGUAAUUAAUUAUUUAAAUAAAAUAACUAUGUGUCCUAGGAUUCGGACGCCCCAUCUUGAAUCCUAGGACACAGCAUUAUGUAAUGUCUUUAUAUAUUAUAUAUUUAUCAUUUACCAUAAAGAAAAAUAUUAAAAAAAAUAUAUGACGAUUGUUAUUUAUCACAGAAAAUAUUCGAAUGAAUUUGCAUUUUUAUUACUCAAUAGUGGUUUAAGGGACAAACUAAGACUAACUAAGUUGCUUUUUUGUACAUUUGUAGCAUUACGCGAGAGCCUUUUUAAGUCACCACUACGUGAAGUAGCCUGGAGAAUAAUAGUUUAUUAGAUGUUAUUGUCAUUAGUUGUCUUCAUCUUGUCAUUAUGUUAUAGUUCUCUAUCACUGUUAAUAUAACGUAUAUUGUAUGAAUACCUUGGCUGAUGCAUAAUGUUGUGAAAAUUGUGGAAAAAUUCCUAACAAUAUUCAAUAAACGCUUAAGUAUGCUCUAUAAUUAAACAUAUAAAUGAAA